AGGAGGUGGCGCUGGCCUGGGAGCCGCCCCUCCCUACGCCGGAGAACAAACGGGAUAUUCAGCAGUGGCCUGUGGCUGCCAGAGCAACUCCUAGGGGGAAAUGAAGCGUAGAGUCAGACUGCACCGUACUCACUUUUAAAAGAGCCCCCACCCCGCCUGCCGCGCACACCCGGAUACUUGGGCUGCCCCGCGGCUGUGCUAGGGCGAGCGAGCCGGGCUGGGUGCGGGCCAGGGGCCGGGGUUUGUGCGCGCGGGUGCGGGCCGUGAGCCUGGGUGCGUGCGGACCGGCGUGUGUCCCGGUGCGCGCGCCGGCGUGGGGACGAGCGGCGAGCGUCUACACCGGCCAUGAGGGGCGCGCGCGCCUGGGCCCGGCUCUGCCUGCUGCUGGCCGCCUCCGCCCAGCUUGCGCGGCCGCAGUCCCCGGAGAGGCCUGUUUUCACAUGUGGCGGCAUUCUUACUGGAGAGUCUGGAUUUAUUGGCAGCCAAGGUUUUCCUGGAGUGUACCCUCCAAAUACCAAAUGUACUUGGAAAAUCACAGUUCCUGAAGGAAAAGUAGUAGUUCUUAAUUUCCGGUUCAUAGACCUUGAGAGUGACAACCUGUGUCGCUAUGACUUUGUGGAUGUGUACAAUGGCCAUGCCAAUGGCCAGCGUAUUGGGCGCUUCUGCGGCACGUUCCGGCCUGGAGCCCUUGUGUCCAGUGGUAACAAGAUGAUGGUACAGAUGAUUUCCGAUGCCAACACAGCUGGGAAUGGCUUCAUGGCCAUGUUCUCUGCUGCUGAACCGAAUGAAAGAGGGGAUCAGUAUUGUGGAGGACGCCUUGAAAAACCUUCCGGCUCUUUUAAAACCCCCAAUUGGCCAGACCGGGAUUACCCUGCAGGAGUCACUUGUGUGUGGCACAUUGUAGCCCCAAAGAGUCAGCUUAUAGAAUUAAAGUUUGAGAAGUUUGAUGUGGAACGCGAUAACUACUGCCGAUAUGACUAUGUGGCUGUGUUUAAUGGUGGAGAAGUCAAUGACGCUAAAAGAAUUGGAAAGUAUUGUGGUGAUAGUCCACCUGCGCCAAUUGUAUCUGAGAGAAAUGAACUUCUCAUUCAGUUUUUAUCAGACUUAAGUUUAACUGCAGAUGGAUUUAUUGGUCACUACAAAUUCAGGCCAAAAAAACUACCUGUAACUACAGCACCACCUAUUACCACCACAUUCCCUGUGACUACAGGUUUGAAACCCACUGUGGCCCUGUGUCAACAGAAAUGUAGACGGUCAGGGACUCUGGAGAGCAAUUACUGCUCAAGUAACUUUGUAUUGGCUGGCACUGUCAUCACGACUGUCACCCGAGGCGGGAGUGUGCAUGCCACGGUCUCAGUCAUCAACAUCUAUAAAGAGGGAAAUCUGGCAGUUCAGCAGGCCGGCAAGAACAUGAGCGCCAAGGUCAUCGUGGUCUGCAAGCAGUGCCCUCUCCUCAGAAGAGGUCUAAAUUAUAUUAUUAUGGGCCAAGUGGGUGAAGAUGGGCGAGGCAAAAUCAUGCCAAACAGCUUUAUCAUGAUGUUCAAGACUAAGAAUCAGAAGCUGCUGAAUACCUUGAAAGGCAAACAAUGUUAACAAUGAAUUGUGUCGAUUUUAGCCGUGUUUCUGUCAUUGCCUUUGAAAGAUCUAUUUUUUCUCAGUAGAAAAGAAAUAUUAUAAUAUUAAAAAUUGAGCAUCCAGAAAGAUUUACUCUUCACAUGAGGUAGGUAUGAGGCCUCUCAUAUUGCUGAUGGAAGUCCUGGGCCUGCACUGAGAGGAGCAGAUACCUGAUUGAAAACCUGCAGACUGAGUGCGGAGACAGGAAACUCAAUGUAUCAAGCAAGCGUUGACAGUUUGGAAGCAGUUUAUUUAUACUAAUCUCUGUAAAAGGAUAUUUUAGAAAUGAGCUGUGUGAAGAUGUAAAAAAGAGAUUUUAUAAGUGCAAUAUUUAUAGCAACGUUUGUUUUACCUUCAAGCAUCUGCUCUGAGGUGUUAUAUCCUUUUCUUGCCGUUUUUUAAUCAAUGCUUAAUAAAAUAUUGUUAAUGAUUAUA